AUGCUGUUCAGACACGUUCUUGUCCUACUAACUGCCACCCUCGCGCUGGCGGCACCCACUCCGUCCGAGUCCCAGGACCUCGAUGACCGCGGGCUCCUUGAUGGUCUCUUUUCAGGUAUCCUCGGCGACCUCUUCGCCUUCAACACGCCCGGUGCACGCCCGCCGACCAAGUUCAGCCUCUUCGCCAAUGCCCAGAUCAAGCAGAACGGCAAGACCUUCAACGUCAAGGGCGGCAAGUGGCUUGGCCUGAACAGCUUCUUCGACAUUCCCUUUGCGGAGCCGCCCACCGGCGCGAACCGUUUCAAGCCCCCCGUGCCCAAGACCUACACUGGGGACAUUGACGGCCUUCUCCUCCCCAAGGCAUGCCUGCAGCCCAACCUCCCCCUCGACGGUCUGCUGGGACAGUCUGAGGACUGCCUCAAGCUCAAUGUGUUGACCCCGGACGGUGUGGCGGGCACCGACGCCAAGCUUCCGGUCCUCGUUUGGGUUUAUGGCGGUGCAUUCGUCGGCGGUGCUGGUGCCAUGUACACCCUGCCGUUCCUCCCCAAGCGCGCGAUCAACAAUGGCAAGCCGUUCAUCCUCGUCACGUUCAACUACCGCGUUGGCAUCCUCGGUUUCCCCAUGGGCCGCGAGAUGGCCGCUGCCGGCGCGGGCAACCUCGGUCUCCGUGACCAAAAGGCGGCGCUCGAGUGGGUCCAGGCCAACAUUGCGUCGUUUGGCGGCGACCCGGACAAGGUCACGGUCUUUGGCGAGUCGGCGGGUGCCAUCUCCAUCGCGCUGCACAUGCUCGACCCAGACCAGAAGCUGUUCCGCGGCGCCAUCAUGGAGUCGGGCGCGCCGGCCACUCUGCCUAUGGGCCCCACUGCCACGACGUGGCAGUCGGCGUACGACGCGGUCCUGAAGAAGACUGGAUGCGCGGGCAAGAGCGAUUCGGUCGCGUGUCUCCGCACUGUGGAUGGCCGCAAGCUCAUUGACGCGUCCACGGACACGACCGCCAUUGGCUUCCUGCUUGGCGAGCUCCUCCCCUUCCCGUGGGCCCCAAGCAUUGACGGUGACGUCGUCAAGGACUCGCCAUACAACCUCAUCCGUGACGGCAAGAUUUCAAACGUGCCGUUCAUCACGGGCAACAACAAGGACGAGGCCACGCUCUUUGUUCCGCGUAAGAUGGGCCGGGGUAUGUCGCUCGACCAGUUUAUCAACUUGGCGUACCCCGCAAAGCUUCCCGCCGCCGCGCUGGCCAAGAUCAAGCAGUUCUACCCAGACGUCCCGGCCCUGGGCUGCCCCUUUGACACGGGCCGCAACACGUUCUGGCUGAGCAGCGUGUACAAGCAGGCCGCCGCCAUUGUGACUGACGGCGUGUUCCACGCGCGCCGCCGCUGGUUCCUGCGCAACGCCAACACGCACGGCCAGACCCGCUCGUGGACGUACCAUUUCACGGCCCCCAUCCCGAUCCUGCCGGGCAACUAUGGCGUCGCGCACGCCACUGAGAUUCUGUCCGUGUUCGGCCUCGUCUCCCCCCUGCUCCCUGUCGGCUGGUCGGCCCGCGACGAGACGCUCUCGCACAACAUCAUGGACUACUGGGUCAACUUUGCGUACAACCUCGACCCGAACGGGCCCGGGCUCCCGGGAUGGCCUGCACAUGAGUUCCCAGCCAACAAGAAUGCCCUCCAGUUCCACCCGGGCAACAUCACGGUGAUCCAGGACGACUUCCGCGAGGACCGUAUUGCAGUCUUCAACGACCCCGUCAUCGCGCCCCAGAUCUUCGCGUAG